CAGUAGUCUUAGAAAAUUACGGAGGCGAAAGUAAGGACUUGAAUUCCAACCAAACAAGUUGGGGGGAAGAAGUUGGUAAAAUUGAGGGCAACAUCUCUCCAUCACCGAAUGUUGUAAGGAAGGUUUCCUCUUGGAAAAUGGUUGUGAACGAUAAAGGAAAUCUCAACGUGGAAGAGGAGGACUCUAAGAACCCAUGGUUCUGGUCCCGGGUAUGCCUGCACAACAUGGCAAGCCUCGGGAAAGAGGCGACAACCUUGCGUCGGGUUAUGGAAUCCUUGUUCCGCUAUUUUGAUAGUGGAAAUAUGUGGCCGGUCAAGGACGGGAUUGCUUUACCUGUACUCAAAGAUGUGCAAUUUUUUAUGGAUGAUACUGGGCAAAACACACACUUUUUGCUGUCAAUUCUAGUCAAGCAUCUCGAUCACAAAAACGUCCUUAAGCAACCUGAGAUGCAGCUCGACAUUGUUCAUGUCACCACAGCCCUUGCUCGAAUGUCAAAGAUCCAGUCUUCAUCUUCAGUUGCUAUAGUCAGUGCUGUGAGCGAUAUCAUGAAGCAUUUGCGUAAGAGCAUACAUAAUAAGCUCGAUGACGCAAAUCUUGGCAAAGAUUUGAUUAAAUGGAACAUGAAAUUCCAUGAAGCAGUGGAUGAAUGUCUUAUCGAGCUAUCAUCGAUGGUCGGAGAUGCAGGUCUGAUCCUUGAUGUAAUGGCUAGUAUGUUGGAGAACAUACCGAGCAUCAACAUUAUCGCAAGAACGACUAUCUCAGCCGUCUAUCGCACAGCUCAAAUAAUUGCUUCUUUGCCUAAUUUAUCUUAUCAAAACAAGGCAUUCCCGGAUGCGUUGUUUCACCAGCUACUUCCAGCCAUGCUCCAUCCAGAUCACGACACACGCAUUGGAGCUCACCAGAUCUUCUCGGUUGUCCUUGUGCCAUCUUCGAUCGCCCCACAAUCAGAUCAUGAUGUGUCUGACUCGAAGAAGAACGUCCUCUAUCCAAGGACGCUCUCGAGAACUGUUUCAGUGUUUUCCUCAUCAGCUGCGCUGUUCGAUAAGAUGAAGCAUCAGAGGGUUCAGCAUGUUGAGCCAAACAAAAGCAAGCCUUCAGGUGAUGUGGGGCAGGGAAACAACACCGGUGGUGUAUUAAACAGAAUCAAGUCGGGUUACAACCGAGUACAGAGCUUCAGACCAUCGGCCCCUGAGCCUGAUUCCACAACCAAAUCUAUCAAACAAAUGGACGUCGUUCCACUUAGACUCAGCAGCCACCAAAUAAACCUGCUGCUUUCAUCUAUUUGGGCACAAUCUGUUGCUCCCGAAAACUUGCCUGAGGAUUAUGUAGCUUUAGCUCACACUUACAGCUUGAUGCUGCUGUUUUCUCGAGCCAAGACUUCCUAUCGUGAUGCACUUGUUCGAAGUUUCCAGAUGGCGUUUUCAUUAAGGGAUGUUUCUCUUGCUGCAGAAGGAGUACUUCCGCCUUCACGUCGCAGGUCCCUCUUCGUGCUGGCAACCUCGAUGAUAUUCUUUGCAUCGAAGGCUUACAGCAUUGUUCCUGUAGCUGCACGUGUCAAAAGUAUGCUCACUAGUAAAGUGAUCGAUCCAUUCUUGUCUUUGGUAGACGACUCGAAGCUGCAGACUUGUGAAACCGGAAAGAUCGCAUAUGGAUCCCAAGAAGAUGACAGUUCAGCUCUGAAAUUUCUUUCUGGAACAAAAAUCUACGACGAACAGACAACCGCAUCUCUGACUUCCCUAAUUGUUAAGAGUUUGGAUAACUUACCAGAAUCGGAGGUUUCCUCCACGAGGGAGCAACUGCUCAAAGAAUUCGUGCCUGAAGACUUGGGCUCCAUUAGAGGUGCGUGGCUUGCUGAUUGCCCAGAAGGAAGGCACAUGCAUAAUAAGUCAUGCUUGUGUGGCGAUAAAUCCUUUGACAAGGCGGCCUCAAUAUUCGUUGAUGAUGAAGCUUUCCCAGAGUCGGUUGGAGCCGGUAAACAGAACACGCAGUUGGCUGUUCAAAACCCGAAUCUUAUCAGCAUUGAUCAGCUUCUGCUAUCUGUUUCCGAGACGGCAACAAAUGUAGGCAGAAUGUCCAUGUGCACGGCAGACGACGCCUCAUACAAGGAAACGGCCAACCACUGUGAGACUCUUUUGAUGGGGAAGCAAAAGAAGAUGUCCAAUCUGAUCAGCGCACUUCACAAACCCGGGCCUCUGAUGGCGAUAGCCGCUCAAGCAGAGAGCCAGACGACGGGGUCACAUGUUAGCAAUCAGCACAAGACUGGAAACCUGUUCUUGGAUGACAAUGUUCUCGGGCUUCCAGCCGCGUCAAGAGCAGGGCCAUGCGCAACUGAAGCUCAGAACGAGUUUAGGCUGCCAUCAGCAAGUCCGUUCGACAACUUUUUGAAGGCGGCUGGAUGCUGAUAGGAUAAGCUCGACAGUAUAGUAUGAUCGUCCAUGUUGAGUCUAGCAGUAGAAACGGCAGCAUUGGUUUCCCCUAUGCUUUUAACCCAGAUUCUUUCUAUUUUUUCUCCUCUUUUUGUUCUUGUUCGUUCAAACAAAAAAUCGUGCAGUACUGAACCAGGGGGUUCGUGUAGUUCUCCUACCGGAAGUGCGAGCAAUUUAUGUAGAGCUAGUGUAGAAGAAGAUCGAUGUUGGUAUCCAAAAUGUCUGAUCGUUUUUGUAUUGAUUGUAUGAGGAAUGUGUAUAUUAGUGUUCCUCUUUUAUGUGUUGUUUGUGUGGGAAAUGUCUGUAAAAGAGUGUUUGUGGCAAUAGAAGAUGAUCCUGAUUCUUUUUCA